AUGGAUGAGCUUUAUGAAAAUUUAAAAAUAAUUGAUUAUAGUUUAAUAUGCUUUGUGAAUAAAUACAAAAUUAUAGACAAAUAUGUAAAACACAUAUUGGAUAUUUUUGCAAAAAUAAUAGAUGAAUAUAAUACAUUAAUACAUAAAGUUAUAAAUGCCUAUAAACAAAAUGUCUACAAUUCUGUCCAUAACAGCUUCCUUGAAUUCAAAACAAAUGAGGAAAACCAAAAUAAAAAAAAUAAGGAAAUACAUGAAAUAAAGAAUACUCUUAAAAAAGCAGUAAAACUCACUAAAACAAACAUAAAUUUUAAUGAUAGCAACCACGAUAAUCAGGAUUCUUUAGAAUUUAAUACAAGCAUAAAAAUUAGUUUUCCUUAUAAUACAUUAGCUUUGUACAAGCUCAGAUAUUAUCGAAAUUUAUUUUUCAAAAAAUAUUCCACUAUAACAAAAAAUGAAAAUUAUUUGAAUGCUAAUUAUCAAAGAAAACGAUUUUUAGAAAAAUUAAAAUUGUCAGCAAAAAAUAGACAAACCAAAAAAAAUGAUAUUUUUAAAGAUGAUUAUAAAAAUAUGCAAAGAAUAUUAAAAGAAAAUAAUUUUUUUAAAGAAUCAAACAAUUUAAAGGAUAUAUUAAUUAUAACCAAAUAUUUAAAUAAGGCUAAAAAUAUUAUUAACAAUAUUCCUUAUUUUUUGUAUACUAUAAUGGAAGAAUUUGAAACAAGUGGUUCUACAUUUCAAGAAAAUAUGUAUUUAUUCGUUCUUAUUGCAUUAAACAUGUGGCUUAAAAAGAUUAUUCAGGAGUGUGAACGAUUCAUCUCGGAUCCUAAAACUAAAGGAAAGAAAAACAAAAAAGAAAAAGAAAGUGAUAAAUAUAAAGUAUACAAAGAAUAUCUUAAUGAUAUAAUACAAAGAGGAGCAGAACAAACAGAUACAUUUAACGAAGUCAAUGUUUUAUUUUCUUAUCCUUCAAAUAUGAAAUUUAAUGUUAAUACCUCAUUUCUAACUUAUCAUUUUUUAUAUAUAAACAAAAAUUUAUUUAAUUUUCUAAAAAAAAAAGAAAAAAUUGAAAAGGGACAAAAAGAGAUACAAUAUAAAACAAAUGCAAAGAUUAUUGAAAAAAUUAAUUAUAAAGAAAAAGAUGAAUGUGCAUACAUGAAAAAUGAUAUAUAUAAUUAUAAUUUAUACAACGAAUAUGUAGAUCUAUAUAGCGUUACUGAUUUAAGUUUCAAAAUAGAUAAUGAAAAUAUAUAUCCCAAUAUAUUUUUAAUAAAAAAUUACAUGCAUGAAGAAGCUAAAAAUAUAAUAGACAUAAUAUAUAAAUUACAAAAUAAAUAUUUCAAUUUAAUGAUUUAUCAAGAUGCUUCAAUAAUUAUACAAUUAAUUUUAUAUAUUUUAAAUAAUUUAAAAAUAUUAAGCAAAAAAGAAUGCCAACAAGAUUUUGAUGAAUAUGGCGAUUCAAAAAAAAAUAUUUCAAAUAAUAAUAUAAAAUGCAAUUAUUUAAAUAUGUAUAGUAAAUUAUUAUUUCCUAUGCGUUUAACAUUUUUAAAUAUCCUUAAAUUUGUACAUAAUACAUUAAAAAAACAUGAAUGGAAUUAUAUAUGCACAUUUUGGACAAAACAUAAAGAAAGCAAAUCUGAUACUGACACAGAUAGCAAUGAUACAAAUAAAAAUGAUAUAGGAGAUGAAAACAAAAAAAGUCUUAAAAUAGAAUACAAAGAAAAUAAUUCCAAAAAUAAUAAAUUUAAUUAUUUACCUUUGUUAUUAGACGAGUGUAAUGAAGAUAAUUGUUAUCAUUUUAAUAAAAAAAAAAAAAAAAAAAAUAUUUACAAUAAUUCUGAACAAACAAAUUGUGAGCUAGCUGAACAAAGAAUGUUAUGUUCUGAUUUUUAUAAAAUUGUUAAUGAUAAUUUGAAAAAUGUAAAAAUCGAAAUAGAGAAUAAAAAUAAUAGAGAUAUAUAUACAGGAAUUUCACUGAAAAAAAAAAAUAAAUAUAAAAUAGAUACCCCCCCCAAAACUAAUGAUCAUAUGCAUAGUUCUAAACAAAAUAAAACAAAACACACAAAUUCAAAGGGAAUACAAAUAAAAAGCACAAAAACAAUUAACCCCAAUAGUAAUGAUACAAACAAUACUUCUUCCAUUUUGAAAAAAAUAAAAACUCAGAUAGCCCUUACAAAAAAAGGGGAUACUUUUCCUAUUAAAAAUAAAGUUCUAUCUAAAACUUUAAAAACUAUCAAUCCAUCUCCCCCCCAAAUUAAAACAAAUAAUCAAAAAAGAACAAACCAAACGGGUGUGCAAAAUAAACCAAGUAUAAAUUAUUUAAGUAACAAAGUUGUUAUAGAAAAGCAAAUUAAUUCCAUUCAAAAAAAAAGUGGGAAAUGGGUCAGGGGUUAA